AGUACCCUACGGCAGGGGUCCCCAACCCUGGCUAUGCCUCCUGUCAGAGCAGCAGAGGCAUUAGUGUGUCACAGGAGCCUGAACCCUAUUGUGAGCUCCGCAUGCGAGGGAUCUAGGUUGGGCUUUCCUUAUGAUAAUCAAAUGUCUGAUGAUCUAAGGUGGAACAGUUUCAUUCCGAAACCAUCUGCCACUUAGAAAAACUGUCUUCCAAAGAAACCGGUCUCCGCUGCUAAAAAGGUUAGAGACCUCUGGCUUAAAGAAUCUGUCGAUGAAUCCGGUCACACCGGUUCUGCAAAACCCCGUUUCCAAGGGCUUCUGCUGUCACUCAGGGCUGCUGGGGCGGGGCCAGAUACUUCAUCCAAUCCGGGCUGCUGGGGCGGGGCCUUACCAGCUGCCCAUCGGGGAGUGAGGAGGCUCCGCUUUUCUCACACCCUGGCUCCGGGCAGCGCUCUGAGGUUGGGAGUCCGGCUUUCCCCUCCCAGAGGGUCCAGGUACCUCUGCCAUCGCUUCUGUCACUCUGUCGCCUAUGCUGUGACUUGCACUGGUCGUGGGAGCCCCCUGAAAGGCAAGAAAUGGAUUCAGUGGCCUUUGAGGAUGUGGCUGUGACCUUCACCCAGGAGGAGUGGGCUUUGCUGGAUCCUUCCCAGAAAACUCUCUACAGAGAUGUGAUGCAAGAAAACUUCAGGAACCUGGCCUCUGUAGGGAAAAAAUGGAAAGCCCAGAACAUAUAUGUAGAGUACAAAAAUCUAAGGAGAAACCUAAGAAAUCUUAUGGGAAAGAGACUCUUUGAAAGUAAAAAAGAUCAUCAGCAUGGAGAAAUUUUGACCCAGGUUCCAGAUGACAUGCUGAAGAAGAAAACAACUACUGGAGUAAAAUCAUGCAAAAGCAGUGUGUGUGGGGAAGUAGGCAGUGGUCAUUCAUCUCUUAAAAGGCACAUCAGAGAUGACACUGGACACAAGGCAUAUGAGUAUCAAGAAUAUGGACAGAAGCCAUAUAAAUGUAAAUACUGUAAAAAAGCUUUCAACUGUCUCUCCUCUGUUCAGACACAUGAAAGGGCUCAUGGUGGAAGGAAACCCUAUGUGUGUGAGGAAUGUGGAAAAACAUUUAUUUCCCAUUCAACCCUUCAAAGACACAGGAUAAUGCACAGUGGAGAUGGACCUUAUAAGUGUAAAUUCUGUGGGAAAGCCUUGAUGUUUCUCAGUUUAUAUCUUAUCCACAAACGAACUCACACUGGAGAGAAACCAUACGAAUGUAAACAAUGUGGUAAAACUUUUAGUCAUUCUGGUAGCCUUCGAAUACAUGAAAGAACGCACACUGGGGAGAAGCCUUAUAAAUGUAAUGAAUGUGGGAAAGCAUUCCAUAGUUCCACAUGCCUUCAUGCACAUAAAAGAACUCACACUGGGGAGAAACCAUAUGAAUGUAAACAGUGUGGCAAAGCCUUUGGCUCUUCCCAUUCCUUUCAAAUACAUGAAAGAUCUCACACUGGGGAGAAGCCCUAUGAAUGUAAGGAAUGUGGAAAAGCAUUCAAGUGUCCCAGUUCUGUUAGUAGACACGAAAGAACCCACUCUAGGAAAAAACCCUAUGAAUGUAAACACUGUGGGAAAGUAUUAUCUUAUCUUACAAGCUUUCAAAACCACCUGGGAAUGCACACUGGAGAGAUACCUUAUAAAUGUAAGAUAUGCGGGAAAGCCUUUUACUUUCCCAGUUCACUUCAAACACAUGAAAAAACUCACAUUGGAGAGAAACCCUAUAAAUGCAAGCAAUGUGGUAAAGCCUUCAAUUCUUCCAGUUCCUUUCGAUAUCAUGAAAGGACUCACACCGGAGAGAAACCUUAUGAAUGUAAGCAAUGUGGGAAAGCCUUCAGAUCUGCCUCACUCCUUCAAACACAUGGUAGGACUCACACAGGAGAGAAACCCUAUGCAUGUAAGGAAUGUGGAAAAGGAUUUAGUAAUUUCUCUUUCUUUAAAAUACAUGAAAGGAUGCACAGAGAAGAAAAGCCAUAUGAAUGUAAGGAUUAUGAGAAAGCAUUCAGUUUGCCCAGUUUCUUUCAUAGACAUGAAAGGGCUCACACUGGAAAGAAAACUUACGAUUGUAAGCAGUGUGGCAGAUCCUUCAACUGUUCGAGUUCCUUUCGAUAUCACGGAAGGACUCACACUGGAGAGAAACCCUAUGAAUGUAAGCAAUGUGGGAAAGCCUUCAGAUCUGCCUCACACCUUCAAAUGCAUGGAAGGACUCACACUGGAGAGAAACCUUAUGGAUGUAAGCAGUGUGGGAAAGCCUUUGGAUCUGCCUCACAACUUCGAAUGCAUGAAAGGACUCACUCUGGAGAGAAACCCUAUGAAUGUAAGCAAUGUGGGAAAGCUUUUGGAUGUGCCUCGCGACUUCAAAUGCAUGGAAGGACUCACACUGGAGAGAAACCAUAUAAAUGUAAGCAAUGUGGGAAAGCUUUUGGAUGUCCUUCAAACCUUCGAAGGCAUGGAAGGACUCACACUGGAGAGAAAUCUUAUAAAUGUAAACAAUGUGGUAAAAUCUUUAGAUGUUCCUCACAACUUCAAGUGCAUGAAAGGACUCACUGCACAGGCACCCCAUAAUCCCAGGCUUUAGGAGGCUGAGUUGGGAGAACUGUCUAAGCCCAGGAGUUCAAGACCAGCCUGGGCAAUAUGGUGAGACUCUUAUUAUAAAAAUAAAUAAAUUAAU